AUGGCUGCCGUUGCCCACAUGCCCAUGUUCAACGAUCUCGUUGCCAAGUCCAUCAUGGCAGAGACGGGUAUCGAAGCCGAUGAUAUUAUCAUUCUCGACAAUUCUGCCAAAUACAACCCAGACGGCGUCAAGGAUGUCACGGAGGAUGUUUUGGACGAACAAGAAGUUCUGGGGGCCAUCUUUGACACCAUGGCAAAUAUCAACCGCAUGGCGCUCGAGAGCCCAACGCUCUGCUCAGGCCCGCACGGAGGCGCAAGUUUCCACGAGGCCUUGGUCGCCGCCACGGACCAGGUAGCAAGGUUGAGCGGCGGCAGGCGCAUCCGGUACGUUGAGCUCGGGCCGGAGCCCUGGAAGUCAUCGGUGAUCCUGGCACGGCUGCUGCGUCCUGGAUCGGGCGCUCGUCUGCAUCAAUACAUUGGGCUCGACAUCAACCCGGAGAGCGAGCACGUGAUGCGCGCCGUCUUGGAGCCCAUCAUCGGCGCGGACCGCUUCACGUACUGGGUGCAGGACUUUUACCACGCGUCAGUGGACGAGUACCCGCCGCUGCCCGGGUGCGACGUCGACGGGGACGACUCGGACGAGAUGGUGACCGUGAUUGCGAACCUCGGGUUCCAGGAGGGCAACGACCUGCCGUCCAGGAUCAGAAACAUGCUGGCGGGCCUGACGCGGCCGGGCGACCUCGUCCUGUCGGAGAUGCAGAUAUGCGACGGGCGGGCCGGGGACGCCAAGACCGACGUCAUCCGGGGGUUCUAUCUGCACCCCGAAAUGCGGCGCUUCUCGGCGCUGGUGGGCCAGAAGUUCGACAAGAGCUGGCGGCCCCACGCCAUGCCCGGAACGCCCGACGUCGAGUCGCCCGCGUCCGACGUCUCGUCCGAGGAGGAGCGGAUGCUUGGCUGCCACGAGGCUGCGCUGGCGCCCAGGUACCUGUACAACCUCGUGCCCUUAGACACCGAGAUCGGCACGGUCAACGUGGCCACGACGUUGGUGUCGGUCCGGGUCGGCGGGGCUGACAAGUACGUGCUCACAAACAGCUGCCUCAAAUACACGGGGGACCAGUUCGUCAAGGCGAGGGAGGCGACUGGCAAAUUCGUGGUGAGGGAGGUUGAGGAGACGGGCGACGGGUCGGUGGUGUUUCAGAUAGCCAGUAGAGUGUGA